AUGUUCACCGCAGUGCUGGUCGGGUUCGCCAUCGUGGCCAUCGCUUCCAGCCAACCACCGGCCCCGGAUGCAUCCUGCUUUCAACCGAAUCGCGCCGUAACGGUGGACGAUUGCUGCCGGAUGCCUCGAUCGGUCGAUCCGGCCGUCAUGGAGAAGUGUGGCCGAUUGCGACCUGGUCAGAUGCCCGCACCGGGCACCCCCCGUACGGAAGGAUGCUGCGUGGUGCAGUGUGUCCUGACGGAGCUCGGUGGCUUCGCAAACAACACCCUGAACACGGAUGCGAUCAAACGAUCGAUGAGCGGGACGCUUGGCAGCGACACCAAUCUGGCUCCGUUGCUUGGUGGCACCGUCGAUACCUGCGCCCGGCAGAUUCAGAGUGAUCCGGCUUACAACGUGGCACCGGUAUCUGCCUCACCGGAUCGGGCCGGCUGUAGUUUUGUGCCGCAAGGCUUCCUGAACUGUGUCUACUCGAGCCUGUUCAAGAACUGUCCGAAGAGCCUGUGGACCGAAAGCAGCGACUGCCAGACGCUGAAGCAGCAGCUUGAAAGCGGAUGUCCGUUCUUUGCCCUGCGUGGCCAUGGACCUCCGCAUUAG